AUGAAUUAACUGAUAUUACUAUUGUUAUCCCCUCUACUCGACCCUCUAGUGUCUGUAGAGUAGAGUCGCGGCGGUGGUUUUUGUGGUGGCGUCUUUUCCCGCGGAAAAGGAAAUGGAGUCGCUGACAACGUACUCCUCUUCCUUGUUGUGCACCUGUCCACUGCUGUCCUCCCAUUGUUCCCAAUCCAACACCACCGCCUUCAAAAUUCCCUCGACCUCCACGAAACCUAAAACCACCUUCACCAACAUCGUAGUACAGUCCUCGGUGAGCCCGGACCCCUGGUCUCUCAGCGACGGCAACAAUCCCGACCGCCCCAAACCUAGGUCCAAGAACCCCAAAAAGCCCCUCUCCGACGACAACGCCCGCCGCAUCAUCAAGGCCAAGGCCAACUACCUCAGCGCCCUCCGCCGGAACCAGGGCCCACAGGCCCAAACCCCCAAGUGGAUUAAGCGGACCCCCGAGCAGAUGGUCAGCUACUUGCACGACGACAGGAACGGCCACCUCUACGGCCGCCAUGUCGUCGCCGCCAUUAAGCACGUUAGAGCGCUGUCCGAGAAGUCCGAGGGGAAGUACGACAUGCGCACCGUCAUGGCCUCCUUCGUCGGGAAGCUCAGCUUCAGAGAAAUGUGUGUGGUGCUCAAGGAGCAGAAGAGCUGGAGGCAAGUCAGGGACUUGUUCUCUUGGAUGAAAUUGCAGUUAAGCUACCGCCCAAGUGUUAUUGUCUACACAGUUGUAUUGCGGGCAUAUGGCCAAGUCGGGAAGAUCAAGCUGGCUGAGCAAACCUUCUUGGAGAUGCUCGAAUCUGGGUGUGAACCGGAUGAAGUUGCUUGCGGUACCAUGCUCUGUACAUACGCCAGAUGGGGGCGUCACAAGGCUAUGCUGGCGUUUUAUUCAGCCGUGCAAGAAAGGGGGAUUCUACUUUCUGUUGCUGUUUAUAAUUUUAUGUUGUCCUCCUUGCAGAAGAAAUCACUCCACGGAAUGGUCAUAGAAAUGUGGAGGCAGAUGGUGGACAUUGAAGUGGUACCUAAUAAAUUUACUUAUACAGUAGUAAUUGGCUCCCUUGUCAAAGAAGGCCUCCACGAGGAGGCUCUUAAGAAUUUCAUUGAGUUGAAGAAUGCUGGAAUCGUUCCUGAGGAGGCAACUUAUAGUUUGCUCAUCAGUUUAAGCACCAAACAUGGCAAAUUUGAUGAAGCUCUUAGACUAUAUGAAGACAUGAGGUCUCUAGGAAUAGUUCCAAGCAACUACACUUGUGCUUCACUUCUGACGUUGUAUUACAAGAAGGAGGAUUACUCCAAAGCCCUUUCUCUCUUUUCAGAAAUGGAAAGGAAGAAAAUUGCGGCGGAUGAAGUGAUCUAUGGUUUGCUCAUUAGAAUAUAUGGAAAACUUGGUCUUUACGAGGAUGCUCAGACAGCUUUUGAAGAGAUGGAGCAGCUGGGUUUACUUAGUGACCAGAAAACGUAUUUGGCAAUGACACAAGUCCAUCUCAAUUCAGGGAAUUGCGACAAAGCUUUAGAAGUUAUGGAACUAAUGAAGUCUAGAAAAAACAUUUGGCUCUCAAGAUUUGCUUAUAUUGUCUUACUGCAGUGUUAUGUUAUGAAGGAGGAUCUGAGUUCUGCUGAAGUAACAUUUCAGGCUCUAUCCAAGACUGGACUCCCUGAUGCAGGCUCUUGUAAUGAUAUGCUCAAUUUGUAUAUAAAACUGGACUUAUUGGAAAAGGCUAAGGAUUUUAUUACUCAGAUAAGAAGAGACCGUGUAGAUUUUGACGAGGAGCUUUGCAGGACAGUUGUGAGAGUAUAUUGCAAGGAGGGAAUGCUUAGAGAUGCUGAACAGUUUGUAGAAGAACUGGGUACAAGCGGAUUAUGCCAGGAUAGUAGAUUCGUCCAAACAAUUUCUAGUGUUAUGUGUGAACACAAGGAAGGCAAAUUUGUGACUUUUGACCAGCCUGACACCGUGGCCCUGGGGCUGGUGCUCGGUCUCUAUCUGACAGAUGGUGAUAUCAGUAAGACAGAAAAAGUUCUAGCAUCAUUGCCUGUGACUUCUGUUGGCUUAUCAAUUGCUAGUCAGCUCAUUAAGAACAUUAUUAGAGAAGGUGAUGCAUUUAAAGCAGAAACUCAUAUCAAUCAAUUGGCCAAGCUUGGCUGCAGGGUGGAUGAUGCCACAGUUGCUUCUUUGAUUAGUUUAUAUGGAAAGAAACGCAAGCUGACAAAGGCCCUGGAAAUAUUUACAGCAUUUGCAGAUUCUCCUUCAGCAAAAAAAUUACUAUGUAACUCAAUGCUUGAUGCAUAUGCCAAGUGUGGUAAACCACAGGAGGCAUACGCACUUUACAAACAACUUACAGAGGAAGGACAUGAUCUGGAUGCUGUUGCCAUCAGCAUAGUUGUCAAUGCUUUGACUAACAGUGGGAAACAUAGAGAAGCAGAGAAUGUCAUCCAGGAAAGCCUUGAGCACCACUUGGAGCUGGAUACUGUGGCAUACAAUACUUUUAUUAAGGCUAUGCUGGAAGCAGGUAGGUUGCAUUUUGCAUCCAGUAUCUAUGAGCGCAUGCUUUCUGAGGGGGUUGCUCCAUCACUUCGGACAUAUAGCACCAUGAUCAGUGUUUAUGGUCGAGGUCGAAAGCUGGAAAAGGCUGUAGAGAUGCUCACUACGGCUCGCAACUCGGGUUUGUCUUUGGAUGAGAAGGCAUAUAUGAAUCUGGUUAGCUACUAUGGGAAAGCUGGAAAAAGGCAUGAAGCAUCCAUGCUAUUCAGCAAAAUGCGGGAAGAAGGGAUACAACCUGGGAUGGUCAGUUAUAAUAUAAUGAUCAAUGUAUAUGCUGCUGGGGGCCUUUAUCAAGAAGCAGAGGAAUUAUUCAAAGCCAUGCAGCAAGAUGGUUGCUUACCCGACUCCUUUACGUACCUUUCCCUAAUUCGAGCUUACACAGAGAGUCUGAAAUACUCAGAAGCAGAGGAAACCAUUAACUCUAUGCAUGAAAACGGUGUCCAUCCCUCCUGUGCGCAUUUUCACCUUUUACUCUCCGCUUUUGCCAAAAUGGGUUUGAUAGGUGAAGCAGAAAGAAUUUAUGGAGAACUACAUGGAGCUGGUUUGAACCCUGACGUGGCAUGUUAUCAGACUAUGCUGAGAGGAUACAUGGACUAUGGACAUUUAGAAGAAGGGAUCAAGCUUUUUGAACAGAUCAGUAAGUCUGGAGAGGCAGACAGGUUUAUUUUGAGCGCAGCAGUGCAUUGUUAUAAAUCUGUGGGAAAGGAACUUGAAGCUGAAAAUGUUUUGCAUUCCAUGAAUAAUUUGGGUAUUUCAUUUCUAGAGAACCUAGAAGUUGGAUCCAAGCUAAAGGCCUCGUAAAUAUUCCAGAACUGAUUUAGUUAUGGGAUGCUAUGCGGCAGAUGACAAAUCAGAGGGAUAGAACGAUCCUAAGUAAUUGUAUGCUUAUUUAUGCAUAGCUCAGGUGUACCAAGAAUCGAAUUUGGGAGAGAAGCAAAAUACAUGCCUUCUAGACCAGUGGCGAACAAACAUUAAGAGGUUGCAUGGUAGCAGCAACCAGAUGUUGGGUUGAGACUCGUUUUCCCAGUCCUUUGCUCGAGUGUGGGAAAUAGCUUGUCAGUUGUUUACGACUUGAAAUUAGUGACAGAAGAAAUCUGUUGACAUGAAACGCUGAUGCUCAACGGUUAAGAAGUGGGCAAUCACGCUGGAAGGGCCAUAGUCCGUCAUAUGGAAACUGUUUCAGUUGGCAUGAGUCGUGGUCAAUGGAUACGGAAGUGUAAUAUUAACCCGGCCACAUUACUUGGUAUCCUUCAUAUCAAUAAGGAGGUAACUGUUAGCUUUCUGGAAAUAGUCAAGACUAAGAAGAAUAGAUCACAGCCUUGAUAUUUCUUCCGCACUAACAUUACAGCUUGAUUGUGUAGAUUGUACAAAAGUUCGUGUUCAUUAGAAUAUAAAAGUUAAUAGAAUUGUUGAAGAUAUUGUAGCAGCUAUGUCAAU